GAUGGCGGCUGCGGCGGCCCGCCUGGGCUGCGGAGCUGUGGCCGGUGCCGCAGGGUUACGCAGGCGAGAUGAAGAACUGAGGCCAUUGCGCUAGCUGUUCCAGGGACAUAGAAAUGAUGACAGUCCCGCCCCUUAAUGAGUCUGCAGGUUCUAUGACAUGAUGAAUCCAUACACCAUUAAGAAACAGCCUCUGCAUCAGUUUGUACAAAGACCACUUAUACCACCAUCUGCAACCUUAUGUAACACAGGCAAUUAUUUAGGAUUGAAGGAGUGAAAAGUGUCUUCUUUGGACCAGAUUUUAUCACUGUCACAAAGUAGGCACAUCAUGGCAUCUGACCCAUUCUACCAUCCUGCAAUAACACUUCAGAGCUUCACACAUAGAGCAGUGGACUGUGAAAGUGAAGAGUUAGACUGGAAUUUACUGAAACCAGAUAUUUAUGCAGCAAUCAUGGAUUUCUUUGCAGCUGGCUUACCCUUAGUUACUGAGGAAACAUCUUCAGGAGAAGCAGGAUCUGAAGAAGAUGAUGAAGUUGUGGCAAUGAUUAAAGAAUUGUUAGAUACUAGAAUACGGCCAACUGUGCAGGAAGAUGGAGGAGAUGUAAUCUAUAAGGGGUUUGAAGAUGGCAUCGUACGGCUGAAACUCCAAGGUUCUUGUACCAGCUGCCCUAGUUCAAUCAUUACUCUGAAAAAUGGAAUUCAGAACAUGCUGCAGUUUUAUAUUCCAGAAGUAGAAGGUGUAGAACAGGUUAUGGAAGAUUAAUCAAAUGAAAAAGAGGCAAACUCACCUUAAAAUAAAUUGAGUUUUCUUUGGACCCAGCAAUCGGACUUGUUGAUACUAUAUACCAAGCUUUUAUUAUUAAUGGCUUAGGAACUUGCAGAUUAAUAAAAUAUUACCCUGAGAAUGAUA